GGAGACUCGUGCAUUUUUCAUCAGUAUUCAGAUAUAGAAUAAGUGACGGAGGUGAGUGGAAUAUUUUUUACUGGCCGCUGCAUCCGUUUGAUCCUCGAUGGUACUUCAUCGCAAUGAAGCGCAUUUUCUUGCUGCUGGCCGUUACGAUGGCGGCUGGACCCGGCGACGGAGCCCGUAUACUAGGACUGUUCGACUUCCCAGGGAAGAGCCACUUCAUGAUGUUCGAAGAAGUGUUGAAGGCACUGGCUGCCCGCGGCCACGAGGUCAUCGUGUACAGCCACAACCCGCAAGAGAAGCCCAUACCAAACUACAAGGAUGUCAGCUUGGCGGGCUCUUUAAAAGGCCCUCCCGGUGGGGUCACUUCCAAGGAUAAAGAGCUGGGAAUAAAUAACCCCUACGGUACACUAAAACUGCUCGAAGUUAUCACUGUCAGGUCUUGUGAGAAGGUUCUCCAGCAUCCAGCGAUGCAGGCUCUGAUGAAAUCGAACGAGAAAUUCGACCUCAUUUUCACGGAGGCUUUCACGACAGACUGUAUGCUGCCGUUUGUGCACAAGUUCCAGGCGCCAAACAUAGCAAUUUCUUCCACCCCGCUAAUGCCGUGGACAGCUGAUCGUUUUGGUAUCCCGGACAACCCCUCUUACAUACCUGUUCAGUCUUUCUCUGCUAGUGACCACAUGGGAUUCCUUGAGCGCCUUAGCAACACAUGGUAUCUGAAGUACAGCAAGUGGUUCUUCAAGACUUACAUAGACACACCUACCAACCAGGCUGUCAAGAAAUUUUUUGGAGACAGCCUUCCGCCUCUGAGCGAAAUUGCUAAGAAUACGAGUAUGCUCUUCGUCAAUACGAAUCCAGCACUGAACCCACCCAGACCACUUGUGCCAGCUGUCGUGGAGAUCGGAGGCAUACAUCUGAAACCUAAACAGAAACUACCAGAGGACAUCCAAAAGUUCAUGGACGAAGCAGAACACGGAGUAAUAUUCUUCACGUUCGGGUCUGUACUGCAGGCCCGGGAUUUGUCUGAUGAGAAACGAAGUGCAAUACUAGAAGCGUUUGCAGAGCUUCCCCAACGCGUUAUUUGGAAAUGGGAGGCUGAAAAUCUUCCAGGGCAGCCCCCUAACCUGUUAGUACGCAAGUGGCUGCCUCAGUAUGAAAUACUGAGCCAUCCUAAGAUGCGAGUGUUCAUUACGCAUGGUGGACUGAUGGGAACCACCGAGGCAGUCUACAAUGGUGUGCCAUUGUUGGGAAUACCUUUGUUUGGCGACCAGUUUCAUAAUAUUAAAAUGGCUGUCAGAAGAGGCGCUGCUAUACUUCUACCCUUCCCAGAAAUGACGAAGAACACUCUGCUAGAAUCCUUGCGCACUCUGCUUAAUGACUCUGGGUACAGGAAGAGAGCCAUGAUGCUGUCAGAGGCGUACAAGGACAGACCCAUGAGUCCUCGGGAAGCCGCCGUCUACUGGUCGGAAUACGUCAUCCGGCACAAGGGAGCCAGGCACCUGCGCUCUGCCGCCGUCGAUCUGGAGUGGUACCAACUGCUGCUGCUGGACGUCAUUGCUUUCGUCGUCCUCGGCUGCAUUGUAGUCGCCGGUAUAGGCCUGUUGCUCCUGAUAGCUUUCCUAAGGUGCAUAGGCGUGCUCAAAGGCUCAGCAAAAUCUAAAGAAGUGCAGGCUAAAAGCAAGAAGAGCAAGCAACAGUAGUCGGUAUCCAUCCAUCCACUCACUCUAAACAGGCUGGAUCCGUCAAAUUUACCUCCGUGGCGGUUGGGUGAGGACGUGUAACUCGGCGUGUGACUCCAGUACUUUGGCGACGAACAUAAGAAUAUUGCUUGCAGGUGUUGAGCGACACAACGAUUCACUAGCAAUAGGGGUGUAUGAAGUCAGUGACAAAUGCUAAUUUCGUGUGGAACUCGGAGAAGCCAAGAGAAAGUAACUGAGAACGCAGCAAUGACAAGUAAUAGAUCAACAUUUAUUUUUCCGUUAUGUUCAGCUGUAACUCAAUGAAAGUCAUGAUUCUGUGAUGAAAUCGGAAUGCAAUAAAUUGUAGAGGUAUCAUUAAAUGACAAACAUGAUUACAUAUUCGAAACAGAAA